GGAAGGCUGUGUGCCGUCCGCAGAGCAUGAUGGGGGAUUUGGAGAUUUCCAUCAUGGCGGCUUCCAUUUCGGGCUACACCUUCAGCGCUGUGUGUUUCCACAGCGCCAACAGCAACGCCGACCACGAAGGCUUUUUGCUGGGAGAGGUAAGACAAGAGGAAACCUUCAGCAUCAGCGACUCCCAGAUCAGCAACACAGAGUUUCUGCAAGUGAUUGAAAUCCAUAACCAUCAACCUUGUUCCAAACUUUUUAGUUUUUAUGACUAUGCAAGCAAAGUUAAUGAAGAGAGUUUGGACAGAAUUCUCAAGGACCGGAGAAAGAAAGUUAUCGGGUGGUACAGAUUCCGGCGAAACACACAACAGCAGAUGUCGUACAGAGAGCAGGUUAUCCACAAGCAGCUCACCCGCAUCCUCGGGGUGCCUGACCUCGUUUUCCUUCUCUUCAGCUUCAUCUCCACCGCCAACAAUUCUACUCACGCUUUAGAAUACGUUCUCUUUAGACCAAAUCGAAGGUAUAAUCAGAGGCUCUCCCUCACUAUUCCCAACCUGGGCAACACCAGCCAGCAAGAGUAUAAAGUGUCUUCAGUGCCAAAUACGUCUCAGAGCUAUGCCAAAGUUAUUAAAGAACACGGUACUGACUUUUUUGAUAAGGAUGGAGUCAUGAAAGACAUCAGGGCAAUUUAUCAGGUUUAUAACGCGCUGCAGGAGAAAGUGCAGGCAGUGUGUGUGGAUGUAGAAAAGAGUGAGCGAGUUGUUGAAUCCUGUCAGGCAGAAGUGAACAAAUUAAGAAGACAAAUCACUCAGAGGAAAAAUGAAAAGGAACAAGAAAGAAGGUUGCAGCAGGUGAUGGCAAGCAGACAGAUGCCUUCGGAAAGCCUGGACUCGGCGUGCAGUCCCUGCACGCCCUACUCCAGCUUUGCUGCCGAAGGUCGAAGUACACUGGGAGAAGCAGAGGCCUGUGAUCCUCCUCCUCCUUACUCCGAUUUUCACCCAAACAAUCAAGAAAGUACUGUGAGCCAUUCUCGCGUGGAGACUAGCGUCUUUAUGCCUCGACCUCAAGCCGUGGGCUCUUCCAACUACGCUUCCACCAGUGCCGGACUCAAGUAUCGUGGGAGUGCAGCGGACCGCCCUCCUUCCCAGAGAGCAGCGGGAGACAGUGUGGAGGAGUCAGACGACAGUGAUUAUGAAAAUUUGAUUGACCCCACAGAGCCCUCGGAAAGCGACUACUCACAAUCGCGGGAUUCCCGCCCCGUGUCACAUCCUGACGGGGGCUCCAGGAACACUCAGACCUCCCAGAUUUAACGGAACGACAGAAACUCUCCACUCUGAGCUGUUUUUCUUAAUCACUCACUAAGAGAGUUUUUUGAGGACUUACUCUGAGGAGAGAACCGCUUUCUCGGACACCUGGACUCCCAGGAGGAGCGCCCUGGGGCUCAGCACUGCAAGGAGCCUCUUGCCCAUGGGUCUCCACCCUUGGACGGUGGUCAGGUUUCACGAGAAAAUCAUUAAGAUAAUCAAAUUGUCCUAAUUCUGGUGCGAUUCAUGGGUGUACUGGUCAACUUAGGCAAAGUGAAACUUAUCAAUGUAGUUUCUGUUCUUUAAAUAAAUUGGAAAUUAGAGACUAAGCACAAUUAGUCUAUAAUGUUCUAUAAAUCAAAACCUUACCUCUUGCACUAUCAUGCCUUGAAAUUUACUUUUUCAAAGGGAAACUAGUCUAGCUGCAGCCUUCAAAGAACCUUCUUUCUAUGAUGAACCAAAUUCAUCUUUGCCAGAAAAGAAAUUUUGAUAAUUCCACAAAGCCUGAUUGGAACAAAUCCCACCCACCAUCCUGUCUGCAUGACUUUGUGAGGUCGAAAGAGAGGGCUUCGUUUCAACUGUUUUCUACUAGCCCGAUACGUAUUGUCCCUUGAAAUGGUUGCCUUUAAAAAAAGUGGUCGAAAUACUUAUUACCAGUAAGUCAUCAUCCAAAUAAUUAUGUCAUAAAAUAAAUUAAUUAUUUUUCUUUGGGGGAAUUACAGUGACUGGGAUGCUGCACUGGCCACAUUUGUGGUCUCUGUUCUGGAAUCUUCAGUGAGGACACACAGCAGUGAUGACAGAAGGGAGUUAUGUUCCAGACCCAAGUUGUACGAUGAGCAAAUGCCAGACGUGGUGGACUUAGCCGAGUUCAUACGUAAAGGAUAUAACUCAUUUAGAUCUUCUGACAAAUCCUAGUGUUAAUUUUAUUUGUGGAGGAAAGACAUUUAUUAAACUGUUUGGGAAUCUUGGCGAAUAAAGAUUAUUUCAAAUCUGAACACCCAUACUUUUCUUUAAGUUGCCAUUUGAAGAAUAAUUGUGGAUUGUCUUGAGAUUUUCAUUGGGGGUGCACUUGUAUUUUUAUUUAAUGACCGCCUGUUUCCUAGCGUUGCCCAAAAUGUGUGAAAGCGCUGAAGACAGUCGCGAGCACAUGAGCUCCCGGCUUGCCCAGACGCAAUGUUUUUGACGCUGUCAGCCCUCGAAGCGAAAGCUUUGGGAUGUAACUGCCCUUGCUUUGGACUAGUUCAGACCUGUAAGAAUAAAGAAAUUGUUAGUUGUUCAGAGGCUUGGUAGCUUGGUCUUAUAGGAGUUUGCUCACUGAAUGCCAGUUCCAAUAUAAAACUAGAGGCGUGACGUGGUCUGAACGAUGAAACGCAAACACUGCCGUUCUUCAGACAGCGUGGGUCUGCGUCUCCCUGGGCGUCUGGGUUUCGUUGGCCUCACCACUGCCCUUUGAUUGGAAUGUCGCAGACCACUUUAUCUGCUCACGUGUUCCAGUCUUGACCAGCCACCUACGAGUGGCUUCAGCACCCGUGUGGAUUUAAUUUUUUUUUUUUUUUUGAAGUGCCAUCACCAUCUCCUCUGUUCAGAUGUUGACAUUCAGGAAAAUAUUUUUUAUUUUUAUGCCGUACUGAAAUCUACAAUGUAUCUGACAAAGCAGUUAAAUGUGACAAUAAAAUUGUAUUUAAUCAUGGUACCAUUGUUUCAAUGUCUCUCUCACCAGGUCUUGCCUCAGUUUACUUAUUCUGGCCAUGCUUAGUAGAAUGAGUACAGUGUUUUUCAAGGACAUUAAAACUCAUCUCCAUGCAGAUUUUUCUUGUUAUGUUGGUUUCAGAGGAAAUCCAGGAGCACAAUUUAGUAAAAUGUUUCUGUUGGUUUCAAGAAGGUGUGGAGAAUCCAGUUUCCGUGAGAACUGAGGGUCAACUGAGUAGAAAAUUGAAUCUUAGAAAGCCCCCGGGAAGAACCUUCCACAGAAGAACUGGGCUGAAGAGAUGCCUCGGCCUGGAUCACCCGCCCAGUGGCACAGCUCACAGUGUUCUGGUCUCAGGAAUCACCACCCCGCUCCACCCCGCCCCAACAGGCAUGUGCUCUGGGUUCCGUGGGAGCUGUUCCAGUUGAGGGGUGUCUCUUCCCAAGUCUCAGGUGACACUCUGUUUUCAGCAAGACUUUAAAAUAUGGAUUGUAGCCUUCUAGGAUUCUACGCUGCGUCUUCUCCAGAGAAAAGAAGACUGGAUUCUUUUUACUUCCGUAGAAGUCUGGAAAUGCUGAAUUACAUGUUGUAAUUGGCUUUUCUGGAGAAAGAUCAAAAACACAAAAAGAGAUACCUCAUCCCCCAAACAUCCAGACCCUCAGGAUAUAUCUUUAACUUCGAGACAGUAGCUCAGUGACAACUGCUUUAAUAAAAUCAUUUACAUGGACUGCCUGGGAAUCCUGUUUUAAAGAGGUUAAAAAGAAAGAACCGAGAGGACUGUAAAACUAAAUAGAAAUAAGGGCUGUGACUGGUCUGGGUCUUCACUGCGGGUUUCAUCUUCCCUCUUUCACUCGGUUCUGUUUCGUCCUUUGCCACAGGAAGCCUCCCUGCUAGAAAAGGAGCUGCAAAGCAACCAGUUCUGCCAAUGUGGUGCUAAUAAAUAAUGGAAAAUGUUUACUUUUCAUAUAUUAUGACAAAGAGAUUUGGGAAAAGUUAUGGAAUUUAACUUACCUUUCUUUUCGGACUGAAUUCUGUAAUGUCCUAAAUAAGGCGGGAGAGUCAGGACAUAAGCGUGCAUCCUUAGUGGGCUAUUUAGGGUUCCUCUGACCCCUGGAGAUGGGGGGCAGUCCCCUUCUAACAAGACCUUGGAACAUCGACAAGAAGACGCCCCCUGAGUGCCAGAUAUUAUACAUGCCCAGAAUGUAGUACUUAGAAGUGGCCGUUUGCUCGUGGAAAGACAACAAAAGGGAGUUCAUUGUGACAUUUAAAAAAAAAAAAUCUAGAAAAGGACCCUAAUAAUAGUGGGAUGGCUAAAAGUUGGUGCCCCCACAAAAGAAACAGUCGGCAGUUACUAAAAUGAUCGAGGUACACAUCAAAAAUUUCGUGAUACGGAAAGCCAGUUUCCAGAUAGCAAAUGAAGAAAACUGGUUUCCAGCGUGUAAGUUCUGGUCUGAUUUGUGUGGGGACAAGGCUCCAUGGGAUGCUGUUGGCAGGAAGCAGGAUGAUCGUUCACCUGAGUGCCAGCAGUGUUGUCUCUGAGUGGUAGCAAAACAGGUGAUUCCCCCCACACCCCAUUUUUUCUGUUUUGCGUCUUCUAAUUUUUCUGCAGUGAGCGUAUAAUAAAAGACUUUAGAAACGGUGUGUCAUUGGCCACGUGAAUCAUUU